UAACGACAGAAAAAGGUAAAUAAGAAAGAUAUGAGGUAAAAGAAUAAGAGUUUAAUUUAUAGAUCAAUUAAUAAUAUUUAUUUUUCAGGCGACACUGUUGCUCAGGGAGUCGAAUAAUCCGUUUAGCCGUAUUCAAAUCUCAGGAUGUUUUUGUCAUCAAAAAUAAUAUUAAUGGCUUUAAUUAAUAAUUAAAGCCUUUCCAAUGCAAAUAGAAAUCAACCCCUACAAGCUUGAUAACACAAAACUGAUAAAGUAAUAAAGAACGUCAGUGUUUGGUCAAUCAUGAACAGCGAAGAGGAAAGUAACAGGUAGCACGUGACAUUGCCGUUUAUCUCAGAUCGGUCUGGACAAUUAUUUGCACCCGAGUAAUGUUAGUAAUAAAAAUUUAGUCGAAAAUAUGCUUUUAAAAUGUGAUGUUUGUUAUUUCAAGCCAUUGUACUUCAAAUAAAACGGCGUGAGUAACGUUAGUUGUGUUCGAGCGAGUCGUCAUUCAUUCAGGGCAGAGAGUCGAGCGCACAUUGAAUCGAUCAUCAUUUCUGCGGUAUGGCGGAAGACAAGGAUCCAGUGACCCGACUGAAGGAUCUGGCUCUGCUCAAAGACCAACUGGAGGAGAUCCAGAAGAAGGUGGAGAAUGAGGUUCAAGCUGGAAUCCCACAGGGUGGCUCAUUAUUAGACUCUCCUUUCCUGAAAGGAUUCCUGGCUGGGUAUGUGGUUUCCAGAAUGCGUUCGUCUGCCAUCUUAGGAGUCGCUUUGGGAACGCUGACGGGAAUCUACGCCGUCCAGAACUAUCAGGUGCCCAACAUUGAGCAGACCGUACGAGACUUCCUGAACUCUCUGAAGAAAGGACCCCGUGAUUAGAAGUGGACUGAAGAGGAGAGCAUGUCAUUUAACGGCACUUCCCUCCUUCCCUCAUCCACAACACU